CUAGCGCCUACAUGAGUGGCAACUUUGGUAUUUGGUUACAAUGAUAUUCAAAAAUCACCAAAAUUUUGGCCCUCGAUCCCACCUGUUUCUUCCGGGAUCAUAGAGCGGGCAAGCAGUAAGCACAUAGCAGCCUCAACAAAUAUGUCGACGAUGGAGGGUUCGCUCAGCAAGUGGACCAACGUUGUGAAUGGAUGGCAGUAUCGUUGGUUUGUACUCGACGACAAUGCCGGUCUUCUGUCUUAUUAUACGAGCAAGGAAAAGAUGAUGCGGGGUGCUCGACGUGGGUGCGUCAGACUACGAGGAGCUGUGAUUGGAAUCGACGAUGAGGAUGACAGUACUUUCACUAUAACAACUUCCUCAUCCAAAGACGAUGCGAAAACGUUUCAUUUCCAAACAAGAGAUGGUGAUGAACGAGAGCGAUGGGUCAGAGCUCUAGAAGACACUAUACUACGACACUCAUAUGCGCGCUGGGAUCCCUUGAAGCCGCCUCCUAAACAGGACUUCGAUCGUAAAGUUGCAGAGGCGGACGCUUAUCUUCAGCUGUUGAUCGAUCAGAUUAAGUUGAUCGAAGGAAAAAUACAUAACUCUGCGGAAGGAGAAGAUGAGAAGCAGGAAGUUUAUGCUGCAGUUUUAACUCAAGCGAAUGCUAUGCUGAAUUCAGUAAAGCACACCAUUGUUCAGUUACAAAUUGCAAAGAAUACAGCCAUACCAGUGAAUGGGAUAUACCGAGGUCCUGCCGAACCUGUCCACGUUUUGCCUACACUCACACAUGUUCCUGCAGGAAAUCCUGAAGCCACGGUACAAGCUGGUAUUGAGUUAGGCUCCGAAUGUGUUGAGCCACGGGUACCAAUCUUGCCAAACGCUAUGAACCUUCUAGUCCCAGAAUUUUCGUACUCGUCAUCAGACGAAGAUGAUGAUUACUUUGAUGCAACGGAAGAGUUUAUUUCUUCCCCUUCUUCGGCACACAAUCAUUUGCCUCAACGGCGAGUGAAUGAUAGAUUACAACAAACACAAGAAAGCAAUUCAGGCGAUAACCGGAAACAGCCUCCUCCACCCCCCACAAAAGGUGAUGGAUCUUUGGACUAUGAUGGUAAGUUGAAGGUUGAUGGAAGUUUAUGCCGUCUGAAAGGGGUCGCUCUGUAUGACGAAGAUAGUGAGCCAGAAGUGGAUUCAAUGGAAAGUCACGGUUCCGUGGUUGCUCACUUGUUGUCGCAAGUAAAGAUUGGUAUGGAUUUGACCAAAGUUGCUCUGCCCACAUUUAUUUUGGAGCGUCGAUCGCUCUUGGAAAUGUAUGCAGACUAUUUUGCACAUCCUGAUUUUUUUCUUAGAAUAGCAGACAUGCCCACUCCAAGAGAGAGAAUGGUGCAAACGGUACGAUGGUACCUCUGCAGCUUCCAUGCAGGACGUAAAUCAGGAGUUGCUAAAAAACCGUACAACCCGAUCCUUGGUGAAGUGUUUCGAUGUCAUUGGGACCUUCCAAAGGAUAGUGAAUCAGACACACUUUCAAAGGCCAGUACUAACACUGUAAAAGAUGGGCCGGUACCUUGGUGCCGAGAAAAUCAACUAACCUUCGUUUCUGAACAAGUUUCUCAUCAUCCUCCGGUCAGUGCCUUUUACGCCGAACAUUACGCCAAGAAAAUUAGCUUCAGUGCCCACGUUUGGACCAAGAGUAAAUUUUUGGGUCUUAGCAUCGGUGUGCACAACGUCGGUAAAGGAUGGGUUAGUGUCUUAGAACACGGCGAAGAGUAUGUUCUCACUUUCCCUAAUGGAUACGGAAGAUCUAUUCUUACCGUUCCAUGGAUUGAACUAGGAGGUGCAGUCACAAUAACCUGUGCCCAAACUGGAUACCAUGCGACCAUUGAUUUCCUUACCAAACCCUUCUAUGGCGGAAAACGCAAUCGCGUUACUUGCCAAGUCUUUCAACCAGCAGAUAAAAAACCUUUUCUUGUUAUCAAUGGCGAGUGGAGUGGGGCUAUGGAAUUGAAAUGGGCUGACGGGAAAACAGAGCUCUUUGCGGACGUGAGAGAUUUAAAGGCUGAAAAAAAACGAGUGAAACCUGUUAGUGAACAAGAAGAAUGCGAAUCGAGAAAAGUAUGGCGCGAGGUAACUGCUGGACUCAGAUUAAAUGAUAUGGAUCGUGCUACUGUUGCUAAGUAUUCAAUUGAGCAACGACAAAGAGAAGAAGCUCGCCUUCGCAAGGAAAGUAAUGUUCCCUGGCAGACUAAGCUUUUUAAGGAAACUAAAGAUGGAGGCUGGGCAUAUGUAUCACCACUUUCGGACAGGCUGCUAGUCACUACAAAGGAAACCAACAAUGCAUAAGAAAACCCGAAGAUGCUUCACGAAAUUUA